AUGUUGUGGAAGUCGGGUCCCGCUUGCAGUGUCGAGCUUGUACUAUUUUUUAAUGAAAAUUUCAUGAUCCUUUUCCUUUUUAUUUUAGAGGAACAAGAGCGUGUCCAGAAGAAGACGUUCACCAACUGGAUCAAUGCCUACUUAGUGAAGGCAGUCCCAUCUGACUUCAUCCGUGACCUCUUUGUGGAAAUCCGCGAUGGAGUCAAAUUGCUGCGUCUACUCGAGCGCAUCGAGAAGCCUCACAUCAUGCAACGUGCCCAUCAUCUUAGCAACGUGAAGACUGCGCUAGAUUUCCUAACAGAAGAUCGCAAGUUAAAACUAGUGAACAUUAAUCCAGCAGACGUGGUCGAUGGAAAACCAGCGAUUGUCCUUGGACUUAUCUGGUCAAUUAUCCUGUCUUUCCAGGUAUUUUGGACUUUUCUGGCCUCUAAGACACCAAAUCCUUCUUUUUUUCCAUACGUCUGUCUCAUCUGGAAUUGCACUUUUUUCGCCCAGAUUGACGAGCAUAACGGCGCGUUGCAGGGCCUGCCCAUAGCAGAUACUUCCGAUGACUCAGCAAAGGAUAAAAGUGGAUCAACAUCUUCGCCUGCGUCCGAGCAGAAAAAUACUGCGCCGCAAACUACGAGUCAUAAGGCCCUGCUUAUGUGGAUCAGGCGUUGCAUUGAUUCUGAUGACAGGCCGCUUCCUGUGCAGGUUAACGACUUUGGGCCCAGUUGGCGGGAUGGAAAGGCUUUCUGUGCACUUGUUCACAGCAUCGACCCGAAGAGUCUUGAUCCCUCCUCCGUGCAAGACGGGGCCAACAAACAGAAUCUUGAAGUCGCCUUCACGGCGGCUGAAGAAAAAUUGGGCAUUCCCCGUCUGCUUGACGUCGAAGGUAAGUUAAUUCGGCCUUGUUUUAGCUGGUACCUCUCUCCAAGUUACUAUUCUAACCCACAUACUGUUACGAUGGGUCUAUUUUACCAUUAA